AUGGACCCUUCUGAUAAGGCUGUGAUUACAAGGGCGGCAGCACGUGCACAGCUGGUCUGCCAAGCUCCGCCUCCAGCUGCUUCAGUGUUUGACAGGGGCUCACGGCGACGCAGGUCAGUCGGGCUCCCUGUCCUUCCUGAUUUUAUGUCUGAGCUUCGGUCCUCUUGGGGGGCUCCUAGUUCUGCAGCCCUUCCGAGGACCCAGCUGGCUAACAUUGCAGGGGCUGAAACACAUGGGGUGGCCACGGCCCCCCGAGUUGGGGCCACCUUUGCUAUGUUGGCAGGAGCUAUGGCAAGGGCUGGCCGGGAUGCCAAUCACCCUAACAGGCGCUGCAGGGCCACUGAUAACCAGCUCCGCAGAGCUUAUCAUGCCUCAGCGUUGGCGGCCAGGCUGGCGUGCACCAAUUCUUUGUUGCUACUUUAUUUGGAGGGUCUGCUGCAGGAUUUGGCUUCGGCAGCCCCGAGUGAUGAGAUGACGGAGAUGCUCCGUGUGGCGGACAUGUUGCUGCGGGGCACGAGUGCGCAUGCCCAAGCCCUUGGCCAAUCAAUGGCCUCCAUGGUCCAGGCACGCCGCCAGGUCUGGCUGUCACAAUCCAAUCUGUCCGACCAGGAUUGCAUUGCUGUGCUGGCAGCUCCAGUGGUGCCAGGAGAGGUCUUUGGUCCACCCUGUGAGGCAGCCUUGGAGCAGUCUCGUAGGGCAAGGGAGCUGACGCGCUCUGCAACUCUACGGCCUCCAGGGCGCAGCAGCCUGCCGCCCAGGGGUUCCCAGUCCGGGGCGGCCCGGCUCGCCAGCGUUCCUUUCGCUAUGACCGCAGUGGAAACUCUGGUCGUGGGGGUGCCAGACUGGGGUCGGCUGGUGGCCGGCGCUGACGGUUGUCAGCCUCCGGCUUCACGCUUCACUCCUCAGCACCUUGCUCACUGGCGCCAGUGUACUCGGUGCCCUUGGGUACUAAAUACACUGGAGUCAGGAUACAGACUCCAGUUCAGAACCAGACCACCGCCGUUUCCCGGCAUUGUUCCUACCCUCCUCAGCAACAGGGCAGAUUGUCAGUCCCUUGUGACAGAGGUUUCGGCCCUUCUGAAGAAGGGGGCAAUAACACCCGUCCCCAGUGGCGAGCUGCACCAAGGGUUUUAUUCAACCUACUUCUUGGUUCCGAAAAAGGACGGUGGCCUCCGUCCUAUCUUGAACCUGAAGGGGUUCAAUGGCUUCCUGAAACGCCUGCCCUUCCGUAUGCUCCGUCUGUCGCGCCUUCUGUCAGCUAUAAGGCAGGGAGACUGGUUCACUACAGUGGAUCUGCGCGAUGCGUACUUCCACAUUCCUAUUCACAGAGGUCACAGGAAGUACCUCCGUUUCUUCUUUCAAGGCACCGCAUACGAGUACGCCGUCCUCCCGUUCGGCCUGUCCUUGUCUCCGCGCACCUUCACAAAGUGCAUGGAGGCAGCGCUGGCCCCUCUCCGUCGCCAGGGCAUUCAUAUUUUGAAUUACCUGGACGAUUGGCUGGUGUGCUCCCCGUCAGAGCGUCAGGCCCAGCUCGACACCUUGGCGGUGUUGAACCACCUCAAGAACCUGGGGCUGGCCUUGAACAGGGAGAAGAGUUGCCUUGUUCCAUCCAGGAGGGUGGAGUAUCUGGGUUUGGUUCUGGAUUCGACCUUAAUGAGAGCUGUCCUCUCCUUGAAGAGGACAGCGGUGCUGAUGGACAGCUUGUCACAGUUGACUGUGGGCAAGCACAUCUUAGUGAAGUGUGGCCGGAGGCUGUUGGGCCUCAUGGCGGCGGCGUCCCAGGUGGUGCCCCUGGGGUUGCUUCACAUGCGGCCGCUGCAGCGUUGGCUUGCCAGGCACAAAGUGUGCCCCCACGAGGAUGGCCUGAGGGCUAUCCUGGUGUCUGCAAUUUGCCUUCCAGCACUUGCAUGGUGGACCACAGCCCUAGGCCUCAGGGAGGGAGUUCCGCUGGGGCCGGUGUGCUCAAGGGUGACCAUCACUACCGACGCUUCAGAAGCAGGCUGGGGGGCCCUAUGGGAGACCCACCCGGUCCGGGGCCUGUGGGGUCCCUUUUGGAGAGGGGCUCACAUCAACCUGCUCGAACUGGAGGCAGUGUAUCGAGCCUUGGUGUAUUUCCUUCCUGCAAUUCGGGGGAAGCAUGUGUUGGUUCGGACCGACAAUUCAACUGUGGUCGCUUACAUCAACCGGCAGGGCGGACUGCGGUCGGGGUCCUUGCACGACUUGGCACACAAGCUCCUCCUCUGGGCUCAUGCGCAGGGUGUGUCCCUGAAGGCCAUCUACUUGCCAGGGGCAGUGAAUGUGGCAGCAGACCUCCUGUCCAGGGGCGGCCCCAGGCCGGGGGAAUGGCGGCUUCACCCGCAGAUUGUGGUAGCCAUUUGGUCUCGCUUCGGAGAGGCCCAGGUGGACCUCUUUGCCUCACGGGAGACCACCCAUUGCCCACUAUGGUACUCCAUAGCAGGUCCACCGGGAACAUUGGGGGUGGACGCUCUUGCGGGCCGGUGGCCCCAGGGCCUGCUGUAUGCAUUUCCUCCCUUUCCCCUCGUACCAGCCGUUCUGGCCAGGGUGGGGAUGAUGGAGGCCAGGGUUCUGCUUGUGGCCCCAGAUUGGCCACAUCAACCAUGGAUGGCAACUUUGCAGAGGCUGCUGGCGGGAACCCCAUGGUGCCUCCCAGUCAGACCGGACAUGCUGUCACAGGCUCAAGGACAGCUCUGGCACCAGAAUCCGGGGAUUUACAGGCUGCAUGUCUGGCCUCUAGAUGGGAGCCGCUCAGCAGUUUGA